AUGUCUAAAAAAGAAGUAAUUCACAUACACAUUGGACAAGCAGGUGUUCAAAUAGCUAACGCUUGCUGGGAAUUGUACUGCCUUGAGCAUGGCAUUCGUCCUGAUGGUAUCCUGGCAUUCUCAGAUGAUCAAGCCAGCUAUGGGGCAUUUUUUAAUGACACUGGUGCAGGCAAAGUCGUACCAAGAGUUGUUAUGAUUGAUUUGGAACCCACGCCCAUCGAUGAAAUAAGAUCAGGAACAUAUAGAGAACUCUUUCAUCCAACAUCAUUACUCACUGGUAAGGAGGAUGCUGCCAGUAAUUUUGCACGUGGAUACUUUAGUAUCGGUCAAGAAAUGAUCGAUUUGGCACUUAAUCGUGUUAGAACUGUGGCAGAAGAUUGCAAUUCCCUCCAAGGGUUUAUUAUAUUUCGAUCUUUUGGUGGAGGUACUGGAUCUGGAUUCACUGCCCUUUUAUUGGAAGGUUUAGUUAGAGAUUAUGGAAAGCUUACAAAAAUAGAGUUCGCUGUGUAUCCAGCCCCAAAAAUCUCACCCAUCAUUGUCGAACCGUAUAAUGCAGUUUUGACAACGCAUGCUUGUAUGGACACUGAAGAUGUUUGUUUUAUUUUUGACAAUGAAGCUUUAUAUGAUAUAUUGGCAAGAUCAUUAGAUGUCCCAAGGCCCACUUAUACAAAUUUAAAUAGGCUAAUUGCUCAGGUCGUAUCUUGCAUGACGGCUUCGAUGAGAUUUGAGGGAUCUCUAAACGUGGAAUUAGUAGAAUUCCGGACAAAUCUUAUUCCGUAUCCCCGAAUACACUUUCCUUUGAUAACGUUUGCACCAUUCGUGCCAGCGUCGCGAGCUAUGCACGAAGCCAUGUCCACGCAGCAACUUAUGAUGUCCUGCUUCGAACCGUCAAAUCAGAUGGUUAAAUGCGAUCCUAGACAUGGAAAUUACAUGUCAUGUUGCUUGUUCUUCAGAGGCGAUAUAAACCAGAAUGACAUUAAUGCGGCCAUAAAUCAAAUAAAAAGCAUGAGAACUAUUAAAUUUGUUUCAUGGUCACCAACAGGAUUUAAGAUUGGCGUGAAUUAUCAACCACCGGUCACAGUUCCUGGAGGUGAUUUAGCAGCGCUACAAAGAGCCGUUGUAAUGGUAUCGAACUCUUCGGCAAUUCGCAUCGCCUGGGAGCGAUUGUGCAAAAAGUUUUCAUUGAUGUACUCUAAACGAGCUUUCGUACAUCAUUAUGUUGGCGAAGGAAUGGAGGAAGGGGAAUUUACCGGUGCUCUACAAAACGUAAAAGCAUUAUCAAAUGACUACAAAGAAAUGGAAACGGAUUGA